AUGGGCUGUAGCCACAAGCACUCGGCCUCAUGGGGAAAAAGCAAGGGCAGAUUGGAGGAUGACUGGGGACUUAGCGCUACCACUCCGCCCACAGAGGAUAGUAUCGUAAAUGUGCGCGUGCUCGACCGGACCGCUGCACUCUACGAUCCCUCAUUAGUAUUUCAGUCAGAGCUCUCCGCCUGCACAACCUGUCAUGGCACUCUACUCCACGCGGCAGAGGUUUGUUUUGCGUGCCGCAUUGUCCCUGGAUGGCCACGGCGAGAUUGCCAGCUCCUGUCGCCCCUCAAGGAUGACCGAAUGGAGGAGGACGAAGCAACAAAGCGAACGUCCAAAGAAAGAUUGGUGCAAAAUGACACGCCAUUGGUGGUGGAUGACAUCACUGGGUGUUCUUCACUAUAG